AGCCUGCUGGGAUCGAUAGGCUCUUCCUGGUACAAAGUGGACUGCCAGCUGCCGAUUUCGCUGUUGACAGUAAAAGCAGAUAUGUUCCUUGCUCACUGCCAUUAGCACUGACCAUGACCCUUCACACCAAAACCUCUGGAGUUACCCUGCUUCACCAGAUUCAAGGCACUGAACUGGAGACACUGAGCAGACCUCAGCUGAAGAUUCCCCUGGAAAGAUCGCUCAGCGACAUGUAUGUGGAGAGCAACAAGACAGGAGUUUUUAACUACCCAGAAGGGGCGACUUACGAUUUUGGCACUACAGCUCCAGUGUACAGCUCUACUACUCUCAGUUAUGCCCCUACUUCUGAAUCUUUUGGGUCCAGCAGUCUGGCAGGAUUUCAUUCACUGAACAAUGUCCCACCAAGUCCAGUGGUGUUCUUGCAAACGGCACCCCAGCUCUCACCCUUCAUCCAUCAUCACAGCCAACAGGUACCCUAUUACCUUGAGAACGAACAGGGCAGCUUUGGGAUGAGGGAAGCUGCUCCUCCAGCCUUCUACAGGCCAAGCUCUGAUAGCAGGCGCCACAGCAUCCGGGAGAGGAUGUCCAGUACCAACGAGAAAGGGAGCCUGUCCAUGGAGUCCACCAAGGAGACCCGGUACUGUGCUGUCUGCAACGACUAUGCUUCAGGCUACCACUAUGGAGUCUGGUCCUGUGAGGGCUGCAAAGCUUUUUUCAAAAGGAGUAUUCAAGGGCACAAUGACUACAUGUGUCCUGCUACUAACCAGUGCACAAUCGACAAGAACAGAAGAAAGAGUUGCCAGGCUUGCCGAUUAAGAAAGUGCUAUGAAGUGGGGAUGAUGAAAGGUGGAAUCCGAAAGGACCGCAGAGGGGGGCGAACAAUGAAACAAAAACGUCAAAGAGAAGAGCAGGAUUCCAGGAAUGGGGAGCCUUCUUCUACAGAGCUGCGAGCUCCCACCCUCUGGACAAGUCCACUGGUGGUUAAACAUAACAAGAAGAACAGUCCAGCCCUGUCCCUGACAGCAGAACAGAUGGUCAGUGCCCUUCUGGAAGCUGAGCCACCCUUAGUGUAUUCUGAAUAUGACCCAAAUAGACCAUUCAAUGAAGCCUCUAUGAUGACCCUGUUGACCAACCUUGCAGACAGAGAAUUAGUACACAUGAUCAACUGGGCAAAGAGAGUUCCAGGAUUUGUGGAUCUAACACUCCAUGAUCAGGUCCAUCUACUGGAAUGUGCCUGGUUAGAGAUACUGAUGAUUGGCUUAGUCUGGCGUUCUAUGGAACACCCAGGAAAGCUUUUAUUUGCACCUAACCUACUACUGGACAGGAAUCAAGGCAAAUGUGUAGAGGGCAUGGUGGAAAUCUUUGACAUGCUGCUGGCUACUGCUGCUCGGUUUCGCAUGAUGAACCUUCAAGGGGAGGAAUUUGUGUGCCUUAAGUCCAUCAUCCUGCUCAAUUCUGGUGUGUACACUUUUCUUUCCAGCACCUUGAAAUCUCUGGAAGAGAGAGACUAUAUUCACCGGGUUCUGGACAAAAUCACAGACACUCUGAUACAUUUAAUGGCCAAGUCGGGUCUUUCUCUGCAGCAGCAACACAGACGACUAGCUCAGCUCCUCCUCCUCCUCUCUCACAUCAGACACAUGAGCAACAAAGGAAUGGAGCACCUGUACAAUAUGAAGUGUAAAAAUGUAGUUCCACUCUAUGAUCUCUUGCUGGAGAUGUUGGAUGCUCAUCGACUGCAUGCCCCAGCAGCCAGGAGUGCUGCAUCGAUGGAAGAGGAGAACCAGAGCCAGCUGACAACUGCAUCAGCUACAUCUCAUUCCUUGCAGUCUUUUUAUAUAAACAGCAAAGAGGAGGAAUAUGCAGAAUACAAUAUAAUCAAAAGUCAGCAUAUAUAAUGGUAUGAGAAAUCCAGCAGCAUACUGCCUAGCUCCUGCUUCACUUUGUCUAUAGUGCCUGUGUAAACACUCCAAUGACAACAGUCACCUGUAUUUUCCAUUUGAGUGUUUGGCAAGUGCUUGCCUCAGUUAAUUGCUUACCCUAAAUGGAAGACAUUUAAUUGCUAUGGACAGCCAGCAAGGAUUGUCAGGCUAACUUGUUUUAAAACUUGCAGUGUUUUUAUUUCAUUUUGCUUGUAAGUUGGGUAAGUCCUAAUUUAAAUUGAACAUUCAUUUUCGUGAAAUUAAUAGGCCAUACCACCUAUGUGUAUUGUGAUCUUUAUGAGUGGUAUCCUUUGUUGAUAUCCACUCCAAAUUCUGCACUCGCUUAAUUCUUUACUUGCUUGAAAGUUUGAAACAGUUUGGUAGAGAUUAUGGAUGACUUUUGGGGGAGCAAGUAAAUGGAAAGCUAAUUGGCAUCUUAGUGUGCCAUAGUGAAAAUGCACUGUUGGCGACUGUGACUGCCUUGGUAGUUUAGGUAGAUUCCCACCUCUCUUCUUCCUACAGUAGAAAGGAACGAACCCCUGUCUAAGAAGAAUACUGUUUUACCUUGCUGGCUUACAUUAACAGACAACUCCCUCUCAAGAUCAUAGUGACCAAACUCCUAGGUUUCUGUACCAUAUCCUCUAGCUAAAUUGCAUUGCAUGCAUCCUAUCUUGUCUGAUCCUACAAAGCUAAACUGUUGCGUUGUUUGGCAAUAUGUAAAUCAAGGGCAACAUGGUGAACAGUGAUAACAGAUAAUUACUCUUAAAUCAGACUAGAUGAUUACAAAAUCAUCAUCUUAAAAAAAGAAAAAGUCUUCACACAUGGCAUGGUGGAGCUCUAUUUUAUAAAAACCUCCCCCUGUCCUUUGCUUCAUUGUGCUACAUACCAAGGGGUUAGGAUGCCAGUGCAAGACUGGCACAAGAGGGUGGGAUGGUCCCAUUCCUUUCAGUAGAGUGUGGCCUAGCCAUGAAUGGGAGGGCUGGCAUCACAGCCAGAGCAGCUGGCUUUGCAUUCCCUGGGCUUUCUUUGGCUCUCCUUGGAGCAUGCUCAGAAAUCACUGUUAAGAGCCAGCUCAUCUGUGACAACAGAACUGGGCAAUGAGCCUCAGAAAUGGUGAAGACGCUGCGGCUGCGUGUCAAGGAAGAUAAAAUUGGCUUCUUCUGUGCAUUUGUGUAACUAACUGUUUUUCAUAAGGAUUAGUCAGAUUCUUCAGACCAACUGUAAGUACAGAAAAGGUCCACUGACAUCAAGAGUUUCAGCAAGACAUGAAGGAGAGAGACUGAAGAAACUCAGACUAUGUGCUACUCAAAGUAGGAGUUGGUGCUGCUUUUUGACUGCCUCUAUGCUAGAAAAUUAAAUAUGUCAGGGAACACUGCUGGGUACUGGAAUGUGAUUGUUACAUAUACCAGGGAUAUUUUAUUAGUCUAAUGAUAAAAUUUGCCUGUGCUAUCUGCACUUCUGGUUUACAGGUGCAGUCUGGGAGUCAGCGUGGACCAGUGGCUAUUCCAAUAGCUGGUUGGAAGCGACCACCCUGCCAGUAAAGACAUUUCAUAGCAUGUGUGUAGGCUGCCCCACAGCAGCUGGCCACAAUUCUAGAGAAGGGUUCAGGGAUGCUUCUUUUUCUGCUAUAGCUGAAACCUUUCAGUUUGAUUAUGUUGAUUGGAAUAUCCUAUAUUAACUAAAAAUAGGAAAUAGUGCAACUAAUGCCAUACAGGGGUGCCUGUGUCUAAUUGCGCUCCCUGUUACACAAGCAGAGUGUGUGCAGUGAGAUCGAAUCACACAGCGAUUGUGAAGGCAGCAAGGCAUAGGACAAGUUAGUACUCCAAGUCAAGGAUUUGAUUCUUUAGUGAAUGUACAUAAUGAUGUCUAUAACAGUUUCGUGCACAUAUCUGAGGAUAUGCGCAGUUUAAAAGACUAAAGCUACACGCUACCUAUGUUUGAGAAGAUUCCUUGAAAACUGUGCAAGGCUAAACACGUGAAGCAGUCCCUGUAAGUUAAUAGGCCUUUUAUUGAUGCAUAUUAUAGUGUCAUUUUUUCUGAAUGUGUUCAAGGCUUUGUAUUUUUGUGUAUUUAGUAAGAGUGUGUGUGUGUAUACAAAUUUGAUACCUAAGAGCUUUUGGAGGGCUCCUAAAUGCCUUGAAAGAAAAUGCACAUUUUGUUUUGUUUAGUAGCUGGUUUUCAAAUGUAUUAGAAAAAAUCACUAAUGCCCUGAAAUGAGCACAGGCUAAGAUCUGAAUGGAGAACAGGAAUCCCUGUAGUUACACUUAUGUGCUUACACCAUCAUCAUUCACUUGUAGCCCAGUGUGCUUUAGAACUGCUCUUUAAAUAUUGCAUGUGUAGCUUGGUGUUUCCCAAGACAGAUCAAGAUCAUAAACUGCAAGACAAAUUGGUUUAAGUGAAGGCCUCCCUUCCUACAUCCCAGAACAGUUCAUUGCAACAUUCAAAGAAUUUUCCCAGUGAAGCUGGGUAAGCAUGAUUUGAAGAGGUACGCAGCAGACAGAAGGGUAUUGUGACAUGUCUUGGAACAUAAGGAAUAGUAAGUCAGCUCACAAUCUUAAUUAUGAAUCGUUUCCUAGGCUCAGCCCUUGCAAGGAAGUAACUUAGGUUCGACCAGUCCUUCCCAUGUUUGUGGUGACAACAGUAAAGGGUACCCAAGAAAGUAAAAUAGAGAUUCCUAGUAAUGCGUUCAUUUACCUUGGGGCAAUUUCAAGAUGUAUCAUUAACUUGUUAAUCAGAUUUUAAUUGAAGCAGCACCUUAACAAAUUAGGAAUCUUCCCAUAGUUACCUAUAAAGAUGAUUGUCCACAUAUCAGACAGCUGAAUGUAGCUAUUAAAUUGAUUAAACAAAAUAUAUGGUACAAAAAUGGCAAGUGUUUUCAUAUGUAGUUCUGAAUUAUGCUCUUGUGUAUGCAAACAAUUGUGCCUGACAUUUGGUAAUUUUUAUUUCACAGAAUGCUAUUAUAUGUGUGUGUGUAUAUAUAAAUAUAUAUAUAUAUAUAUAUACAUAUAUACUUUAUAUUUGCAGCUGACAAACCAGUACUACCUGAAUACCUGGUGCUGGAUAUUAAAUAAAAAUAUAUAGCAUGUAAAAUAAAUAAAUUGAAAGAAAACUAUUCAAGGCAGCUAAUUAUGCUUUUACCAAAACAUUCAUAGUGAUGUCUCUGGACAGCUAAUGAAAGAAUUAUUUUAUAAUGUUUAUACAGAUAUUUUUUUUUAAAAAAAAACCAUAAAUAAUAAUUAAAAAACCAACAAAAAACCCGUAGAAACAUAGGCAUUAUAAUACCAGCACAAGCCAAACAGAAAUAGACCAGAUGAACUUGCUUUACUUGAGAAUAUGAUUGUUACUGAAUUAUUACAAAACGCUUGGGAGGCAGGAGAGGAUCUAGGGUGAUGUGUAGCACUUAGUGGCGUCUUAAGUUUCCAGCAAUCUGUGAGAGCUACUCUGCUUUGUAGUGGUUCAAGCCAUGUCUUGAUGUUGCAGACUUUGUCUCAGGUAAAACUCCCCAUUGGGGCAGUAGGAUUUGUACUGGGGUGAAAUUAUAAAAAUAAAAAAAAAAGGGAAAGCAAAGUAAAACCCAAAUCACCCUCUUCAUCCAAGCCUGGGUUUGUAUUGGAGCCUCCAUCCAUUUCAGUUGAUGCCAACUGAUUACUUAAGAGUUGUGCCAAAUGGUUGAAAUUAUUCAGAUUACCAGCAAAGUAAAAUUUCUGCCUCACUAAGAUUGUACUUGUACCACAGGCUCUGGCAGGAACUCAGCAAGCCUCUCUUCUGCAUAUUUUAUCCUGCUUUAAAAUUAGAACGCAACCCAAACUAAAGCUAAUAGGACUUAUACAUAAGGCAUUCUCAGCUGAACUUAUGUGAAGUGCAUUUCUCACUUUGAAUAAAGAGAUGGCUAUUUUCAAAGCCACCUACAACUGUAAUGUAGCUUUACAGAUAGAAAUUCAACACACGUAAAAGAAGAGUCUUGUAAAUGAUGGUAUCGUAAUACCAACCAGUCUUUGGUGUCACCUGCAACUAUAGCAUGAUCUCAAAUUGAUCUGAGAAUUUUAAAUUAAUAUUUCCCUAAUAUUAAUGUCCUGCCCUUUCUAUUCACAAUUCUCUUUUAUCUUUCAAGUGCAGAUAGCCUUAUAUCCUUAAAAUUGUUUUCAAAGUGAUUGUUGCACAUAAGGGUACUCAGUUUUGCACUGUGUUAAAAAAAAGAAAUCUAAAAAUAUCUUUUGCAUUCAAAUGUGCCUAGAGAAACAAACAAACAAAUUUAAAAAAUGUAUAUGCUGCCAUCUUGCAAAUUCGUAUGCUCUGUAUGCCUGUGUGCCUAUACUUAGAAGUCUUUUUCUUCAGGAAGUGCCCGCUGGAAAAUGAAGGGAUAGACUUCUAAUCACAAGACUUGCAUUAACAAGCCACUUUAUGUAUCACCUUAUUGUAUAUAUUAUAAAAGUAAUGCUUUUGUGUGCACUAUGUAGUCUGUCCAUGGAAAGUCCUUCCUUUGAUAUAGGCUCAGCUGCCGUAAUGUAUUUGUUGAAGUAUUCUGUUCUUUCAGUGAUGCAUAUAAAAUUAUUGAUGUCCUUGUUUUGGUGCGGUUUGUUGUUGUUGUUGGUUUUUUUCCUCUUUGUUUUGCACCUAAAAAAGUUCUUAAAAAGUCUAAAUGAAAAAUCUGAUAGGCUACCUGAUUGGUGCAAGAUUUUUAUCAAUGUAUUUGAUGUAAAAAAUAAAGAAUUAACCAGA